AUGUUAGCCGGUAAAACCAUUUUUUUCAAGGUAGACCUCGUCAGGGCGUACCACCAAAUCUCGGUCGCUGAGGAAGAUAUCCCAAAGACCGCUAUCACGACACCCUUUGGGCUGUUCAAAUUUAUUCGCAUGCCUUUUGGUUGGCGCAAUGCUGCCCAGUCGUUUCAGCGCUUUAUCCAUGAGAUCUUGCGGGGCCUUCCAUUCGCUUACGCCUACAUCGACAACAUACUCGUCGCAAGCUCUUCGGCAGAGGAGCAUGCCUCGCAUUUACGCCGCAUAUUCGAUCGUUUCCAGCAACACGAUUUGCAAUUAAACGUCGACAAAUGCGUUUUUGGCGUUAAUUCUCUCGAUUUCCUUGGCCAUCACGUCGAUCAGCACGGAAUCACUCCACUUACAGAGGAGGUGCAAUGCAUCUGGUCUUUACCUGUCCCCAACACACUCACUCAGCUGCGACGUUUCAUAGGCCUUAUCAACUAUUACAGACGUUUUAUUCCCCAUUGUGCGGCAAUGCUGGCUCCCUUGACUGACCUUUUGAAGUCGAAAGCAAAACCUAUUGAACUUUCACCGGCAGCUCAUACAGCUUUUGAGGAAGCGAAGGAGGCUCUUGCCGAUGCCACCAUGCUGCACCACCUCAGCUUUGACGCCCAUGCACAGCUCAUUUUGACCACCGACGCUUCCAGCAGUGCUGUCGGCGCAGUCUUGCAUCAACAAGUGAAUAACCAGUUGCAGCCCUUAGCUUUCUUUUCACAGAAGCUACAACCGGCGCAGACUCGCUACAGUACUUUCCCUCGCCAGCCCCUUGCUAUCUACUUGGCCAUACGUCACUUUCGACACAUUUUAGAGGGCAGAGACUUUUCGGUUCACACCGACCACAAACCUCUCACUUACGCCCUCAAGGCCAAGCCAGAUCGGUACUCGCCCAGGGAAGUUCGUCACCUGGACUAUAUAUCGCAGUUUACUGCAGAUAUCCGCUACGUCCGAGGCAGCGACAAUGUCGCUGCUGAUGCAUUAUCCCGUCCGGACAUCAAAACACUCACAUCCGAUUUCGACCUGGCGAGGCUUGCAGACCUCCAAACAGCAGACGAGUCCAUCGCGGACUUACGUACGUCUACUACUCUGCAGCUUCGAGAUGCACCACUUCCUGCGUCACCAGGUACGAUUUUGUGCGAUUGGUCCACAGGCACCCCUCGUCCUGUUGUUGCACUACCCUAUCGUAAGGUCGUCUUUGACCACUUUCACUCCCUCUCUCACCCUGGCAUUGGCGCUGGACGUAAGUUAAUUGCGUCUCGUUUUGUUUGGCCGAAGAUGAAUUCCGACAUUGCUCUUUGGAACAAACAGUGUCCCGCAUGACAGGAGAACAAGGUACAUCGACACACCUUCUCCCCUCCAAGUACCUUUGCGGUCCCGGACGUUCGAUUUAAUCACGUUCACUUGGAUUUAAUCGGACCGUUGCCACCUUCACGUGGGUACGCACAUAUCCUGACGGCAGUUGACCGUUUCACACGAUGGCCGAUUGCCGUUCCUAUCUCGGAUACCUCGGCAGAAAAUAUAGCCAUGGUUUUUCUGAUCCACUGGAUCUCAACUUUUGGUGUUCCAGCCACCCUUACCACUGACCGCGGAAGUCAAUUCCAAUCUAGCCUCUUCCGUCAGUUCACUAGACUGCUCGGGUGUGCGCACAUCACAAUCACGGCAUACCAUCCUGCCUCCAACGGCCUCGUUGAGCGUCUACACCGCCAACGUAAGUCCGCACUGAUAUCCCAAACAGAGUCAGCUACUUGGAGUGUCAAUAUCCCUCUUGUGCUUCUGGGCAUCCGAUCUUCUGUCAAGGAGGACAUCCAAUGCACUGCCGCCGAACUUGUGUACGGUACACCCCUCCGUCUGCCCGGCGAAUAUGUGUAG